UAUGAACCAACAACACAAGCAUGCACCCUGCCUCUUUUUGUGUGCAAAUGUGAGAAUGAGAAAAGAUGAUCUGUGUGCAUGAGAGGGAGAGCGUGUAAAUCGAAUGUACUGAAUGUUAGUCUACGUUAAGUCCACCUGUUAAUCCUGUGUGUGUCUCAGAAUCUUUUAUCCCCCUUUGUAGUUUGUGUCUGUUGUCUCAAGUUUAUGUAUUGCGUCAUGAAACUAACAGCACAUGACAUAUCCUGAGACACACACAUGUACAGAACACACACAGCCAUCCUCAAUCCCCCUCCUCCCUUGUUUGCUCUUUUAGACUGCUCUUGCAUGGCUUUCUGCUCUGCCUCUGCAUGUUCUAGUGCUGCGUCUUUUAGUGAGUAUCUGGCACACACGUGUUCUGCUCAGCCUCUGAUGGUGUGCUCCUUCACUUCUAGAUCCUGUGCUCCUUCACUUUGUUCCUCGCCCUGGCUUUUUUGUGUUUAGCUUUAAGUCACUGUGAGCAUAACUACAGUUGAAUGCAUGAUUUACUUUUUUUUUUGCAGUGUAUCCAGGGCUUAACAGUAACAUUUGCCAUUUUGAGGAACUGGCAACAUUUGUUGGCCUUUUAGCAUAGAAAAAAGCAACAAAAAGACAAAAAAACAGAACGUGCACCCCAAAUACAUAAGAUUUUAAUAAUUGUUGCAUCAUUGAUAGUUGAUUGAAAUAACCAAAACCAGAUAAUACUGCACCGCAUUAGUGCAUUUGGUUGCGUGCAGACAGGCAUCUGUUUUAGAGAUAAUGGUGAAGUGAUUUAAGUUGUUUAACUAUGGGGUAAAACUUUCCACUUAUCACUGGAUUUAACUGUCAAAGAACCUGAAUGGAAAAAGAAGAGGCUUCAGCUAGAUGGAAAAGCAUGCAAUGCAUGUGUAUAAUAUACAUGUCUGAAGUGAUACAUUAGGCUCAGUAGUUCAAGGUAGCACACUGUAAUGCUUACAGUAAAAAUGCUUUUAUUCUUUUAGGCCACACUGUUACUAUUAUCUUCUGUAUAACUGCAUUAUUAACUCGAGUAUAGGGUGACUCAAAAUGGCAACCACAUUUUCAGUUUGGCAAACAAAAGCUGAUGUGUGGUAAUGUGUGCUAUUUGAUUCUGGUGUGAUUCUGCCAGCCACUUUCAGUUAGUGUUGAGCCCUGGUAUCUGUGCCUUGCUGUGUGUGAGACUGUGUCUGUCAGGGAUGUAAACACCUGUAGGUGAUUCUGUAAUGGUCCGACUGCUCCACAUCUUUCUGUUGAUGGUUAUUGUUUGAGUUCUAAUGGGGACUUCACUGAGAUACAUUUUUACAAACGCCUCUACAGGUUAUCUUGUCCCUGUGCCUGUUGGGGACUUUGUCACAUUUCUCUGUGAUGUUUGCAUCCCUUUUGUGCAUGUUUGUGUGAGACAGAUUGUUAGCUGAGAGCUAUGCACGAGUUUCCUGCUGCUUUCCCAUGGCUUUAAAUGAAAUUACAGGGGCAUAGAGAGUGGGUAAAAACAAACUUUUUUUCCCCUUUUUUUUCCUUCUUUUACACUGUAUUGCAAUGUUGUGGUGUUGGUUCUUGUGUGCGUCUCUUUUUUCCCUCUCUGGCUCUCUGGCUACAUUUGGAUUGGGAUGUUUCUCACUGCUUGUGUCCAAAUCGAUCCUCUGUCUUCCUACCUCUGCGUGCCGAUUGGUCCAGGUCUCCCCUUGCCCAUGGAUGCCGCUCCACCCACAACAGCCCAGUGCAUUCGGCCUGCAGCUCCCAGAGACUGUCCCAGAACUUCUCUGUCUCUGUACCCACACUCAUCUUCACUGGAAUGGGCAGUGGGGGCAGCGCCGGGAAGGAGGCAGGGCCUCUGAAGACCCUGCUCAGACAGCAGACGCAGACGGCUCUCGAGCAGAGGGAGUUCCCCUUCUUCACUUUGGCGUCUUUCCCACCUGGUUUUCUGGUUCAUGUCGGUGGAGUGGUCAGCGCCCGCUCUGUCAAACUACUGGACCGUAUACACAACCCUGAUGAGCCAGAGACUCGUGAUGCCUGGUGGGAGGAGAUUCGCCAGGAGAUCAAAUCUCAUGCCAAAGCUCUUGGUUGCCAUGCUGUUGUGGGGUACAGUGAAAGCACCAGCAUCUGUGAGGAGGUGUGUAUACUGUCAGCAUCAGGGACAGCAGCCAUCCUGAAUCCUCGAUAUAUGCGUGAAGGCUGCCUAGACAUUGGAAUCGCUGACCACAGGUUUGAGGAGCCUUCUCCGCCAAGCUGUGGCUUCUGCCACAUCCCAUAUGAUGAACUCAACAUGCCCUUUCCCGCCCAGCUCACAUACUGUUACCACUGCAGACGACAAAAGGUUCCCGAUGUGCUGUUCACCACAAUCGACCUGCCACCAGAAGCAGCUGUCACAGGGAAGGGCUGCCUUAUUCAGGCCAGAUUGUGUCGUUUGAAAAAGAAAGCCCAGGGGGAAGUGAACGCGACGGCCAUCUCCAACCUGCUGCCUUUCAUGGAGUACGAGCUGCACACUCAGCUGAUGAACAAGCUGAAGCUGCGGAGCAUGAACGCUCUGUUUGGCUUACACAUACAGAUCAGUGUCGGAGAGAACAUGCUCCUGGGUCUGGCUUCUGCUACAGGAGUGUACCUGACAGCCCUGCCAGCACCAGGGGGCAUCCAGAUUGCUGGGAAGACUCCUGGUGACCUGAGCAAUGAGCACCACAUCCUCACCAUCCAGAAAAGGAUCAAUGACACCAUAGCCAAGAACAAAGAGCUCUAUCAAAUAAACCCUCCGGAGCUAACAGAGGAAGUGGUGGGUUCUCCAAUCCCUGAGCCGAGGCAAAGAUCCAGACUUUUCCGCUCGCACUCAGAAAGCUCAGACGAACUGUCAGAACUGGACCUCUCCCAUGGCAAGAAGGAUGCCUUUGUCCUGGAGAUUGAUGACACUGAUGCUGUGGAGGACAUCCACUCCCUCCUCACUGAUGCUCCUACCCCUGCAGGUUUCUACUCCUGCAACACUGAAAUCAUGCCUGGGAUUUUCAACUGGACUUCAGGAGUUCAGAUGUUUACAUCAGUGAGGGUCUUUCGGUUGAGUAAUGCCAAUCUUACUAACCAGGGCUUGAACAAGAUCUUCACUGACUUAUGUGAGAAUCUACUAAAGAGUUUUUACUUCAAGUUGCGCUCUAUGAUCCCUUGCUGUCUGUGUCAGCUCAACUUCACUGUAGCAGUGCCAGAAGAAGAACUCAUACAGGUCACAGUGACAGCAGUUGCAAUGACGUUUGACAAAGACCAGACUCAGGAGAAGAUAGCAGACAAGCCCACCUCCAAAGGAGGCAGUGAGACUGAAGAGCAGCUGCAGUUUCCCAUGGAGUUAUGUGCAGACUUAACAACCGCUAACACUCAGCCAUCAUCCAAAAUCUCAGGUACAGUCUCUUUACUCACCCCAGCUGCAAAACUCUGCCAAAAUCAGCUGGUUAUGGUUCGUUCACCAGGUGUCCCAGAGAGUAUCAACGUCUCCACCAGAGCUGCCUCCGUUGAUUACGGUUCCUUUGCAGACAGAUGCAGCACCUGGCUAGAGCUGCUUAGGCUGAAAGCUCACACCAUAAGACGAGGAUCAGUUAAGACAAGUAGGAGGACACAGUCUCUAGCACACUCCGUCUCAUCUUCGGAGCGCUGCAGCCCCCUGCCUGAGGGACGUUCCCGCUCGCUGCGUUCCAACCGCUCAUUUGGGAGCAGUUCGGUCACUGUGGUGAAGAUGACACCGCUCUCAUUCCUCCCCGGGACACGCAUCAUUAAAUACCUUGGAAUCAUCAACAUGUUUUUUAUAAGAGAGACGACAUCGUUACGGGAGGAAGGUGGUGUAAGCGGCUUCCUCCAUUCUUUUAUAGCAGAGGUGUUCGCGAUGGUUCGAGCCCAUGUAGCAGCCCUGGGUGGCAAUGCAGUGGUGUCCUACAGCAUGAAAGAGUGUGUGUUAAUGGAAAAUCCAAACAAGAACCAGGCUCAGUGUCUCAUUAAUGUGAGUGGUGACGCUGUCAUCUGUGUGAGGGAAACGGACCAGGAGCCCACUUCCUCGAUGACAAGUAUCGGACAGACCUGCGCCAGCGCAACAGACGGAGCUACAUGACAGUGAAACACAGAGCCUCACUUUGUCUGCAGGACGCACAAUCUGAGUGAACACGCUAUGAGUCUAGCCGUCCAAAUAUGAGUGAUUUAUAUCUGCCUUAAAACUCUGUAAAAGAUCCAAAGGUUUGGACACAGGAAAUAAAGAACAAGUACUCACACACACUCAAAAACAAGCAUUCUGUAAUAAUGUGUAAUUGCAGGAUGUUUCUUUUUUCUGUUAAGAGAGAUUUGUGUAGAAAAUAUUGAUGUAGCUCUUUGUUUAUUAGGUAAUCUGGGUGAUUCAAAACGGCCAUCGGCAUCUAACUUUUUCCCAUGUAUUACAUCCAUCCAUAUUGAGGUCACCCAAAACUACAGUAUGUUGGCCAUUCCUCUGUGUGUGGGCACAAACUGACACUUGAGGCAGCUAUGACUAAUUUGUCCGUCCACAGCUCACAGGAGGAAUCAUUAAAAGGCCAUGCCAAAAGGGACUCCGUUGUAUACCAUCACAUAAUUUAAAAACACUCAGUAUUUGGCUCUGUUGCAAGUAACUUGCAGAUUUAAGUCCCAUCUGCUCAUUUCAGAGUAGCCACGUAAUAAGCAUGUCAAGCAAGGCAAGUAUUGGAAUGUCAACAAAGCUGGGGCUCUUCUAAAUAGAAAAUUCUCACUAGAAUUUAAAUUUUGAAACAAUGCACACAACCCUGUGAUGCCAUUUUGUUAUAUUAUCUACUUGUUAAUCUGUCCAGUUUUAAUGUCUAAAGUAAUUUUUGUAUUAUUUUGUCAAUGAAUAACCUUCCUAAUUAUUGUCACAGUAUUGCUCACAGGCAGUAUCCUGCAGAUAAUCAAAUUUUCUCAGAAAGUGUCAAAUAAUCAUUAAAAAAAGCUGGAGUUACUGGCAUAUGCACAUAUUUUUGUAGGGCAACAUUUUUCCAUUCAAAGCAGCCAUUACUAUGUAUUUCUGUGACUCUUUUGUAAAUUAAAAAAUCUGGAUUUUUUUAUUGCGUCAUCUUAAAUGGUUGAAUGGCAUAAUGUAUUCUUUUUAUUCACAUACAUGUGGAGUGGGAGGGAAAAUGGUGAUGAUUAUAAUGGGUAUAAUGUGGUCCUUUGGGGUCUCACACUAGGGAUGUUACAUAGGAUAAACUCUUGGAGAUUGUUUUGACUGAAAUAACCCUUUGACACUGUGUACUGAAGGAACUCACACCUUACUUGCAGCACUAAGCUCAGUUCCUCUUCCUGAUGCUUCUUGCGGUCUGUCAUAUUUCACAUACCUGUUGUUGAUCUUCAUCACUGUUGCUUUGGCACUUAUGUUCUAAAUAAUACUCCUGCUACUGAUCUGUCCAUCUUCAACAUUGAUGUCUAAUGCUGGGAAAAAAAGCAUAUUCUGGUGGAGGUGCCACCUGAAAAUAUCCUGUGUAAAUGUUCUCUAAAAUCAGAUUUUAGUAUUUUUGUCAGAUAAAGAGUAUGAAACCUACAGCUCAUUUUGCCUGUGCAAAUAAUUCCUGAGGUUUUAACUCACUUUGUCAGAGAAU